GUUGCCGAAGGAGCAUUCACCCAGAAUUUAAGAUCAUGUCAAAAAUCAAGCGAUUCUUUUCCAAAAAGAAGGAGGAGGCCGCCUUCAAGAUGCGAUUAGGCGGCGGCAUGGGUCAGGGUCAUAAGUUGAAUGAGCCAAAGCCCGAAGCACCGUCGAGCAGCUCGUCAAAGCGCGACAAGGAUGCUUAUGUCCCACCUCGGCGCCACGAGCUGAGCAAUGAGGCACGCGCUGCAGCAAACGCGGCACUUUCACGUAUCGAGCGCAAGGACUCGAGGGAUUUCAAUACGUCGCUGGCUGCCAUUAAGGCGCAGGCGAAGCGGGAAUUGGAAGCAGAGCGCAAACAGAAACAGGAGUUGUCCUGUUCCUCUAAUACUGGCUCUGCCAGCGCCAGCUCUUCAGCUCAAGAGAAUCGAAACUUGGCUUGCCAGGGCGUGUUCUUUCGCUGUCCUCUAAUAAGCGACGAAGUGCUGCCCAAGCAGGCAUGGAAGCAGAAAAUCAAGGAGUUCCUCUAUCAACAGCUGGAGUUCGAACGCGGCCUGACCGCUUGUUUGAUAAUACAAAAUUGCAAUGUCAAGGAACGGGCAGACGAUUGUAUUGCUACGCUCACCAAAUAUCUGGAGAAUAUCAUUCAGCAUCCGAACGAGGAGAAAUUUUGUAAGAUUCGCAUGUCCAACAAGAUCUUCAGUGAUAAGGUGCGCUAUGUGGAUGGCGCUUUGGAUGUGUUGCAUGCAGCUGGAUUCAAUGAGGUGGAGCUCGAUGGUGAGCCCUUUCUCGUGUGGUCAAGCGACCAGAUGGAACCGGGUUUGGAUCUAGCCACGCUGUUGGAUGCCUUGAAGAACUCUGAGCCCAUACAGCUAGAGCUGGAUCGCAAUAUUAAAGUGUUGCUGCCAUCGCAGGCUCGUCGCGUUGUCCUGCCGGAUGACUUCUAUCGCAUCUCACCAGAAGAAAUUAAGCGGGAGCAACAGAUGCGCGCCGAGGCAAUUGAAAGCUCACAGAUACUGAAGACCAAGGCCAUGAGGGAACGGGAAGAGCAGCGCACCUUGCGCAUGUAUCGCUAUGCUCUGAUAAGAGUCAAAUUUCCUAAUGGUCUCUAUAUUCAGGGUACCUUUAAUGUAUAUGAAAAGAUAUCCGAUAUAUUUGAGUUUGUGCAAUCUUGCCUAGCUGAUGAGUCACUUGAGUUUAAUUUGGUGUCCGCCAGCGACGGCAAAUUCAGUGAGGAAGACAUGGAAAAGACUUUAUAUGACUGCAAAUUGAUCCCAAACAUAGUUUUACUGUUUUCGGUACCAUCAAUUCCAACUCCAGUCGCAUCUGAUGUCAACUUCUUGAAGGAGGAGUUAUUUCUGCUGGUGCAGCCUAUGUAAAUGUCAUAUUUAUAUUCCAUGCAAAAUGUUGGAAACGCUUUAUGGCAGCAGUUCAAUGUCGCCAGAUUAUCGGCCCGUUU